UUGGUUUCAUUCCGUCGUGCACUGUCGAGGUAAUUUUUUAUUCGCGUAAAAAGUGCCCAUUGAUUACGGAUGUUGGCUUUGUAAAUUCCAGUGUUUCGAAAUUACAUUUUACGUCGUGUUGUUGCGGUAUCUAUUCGGAAAAUAAGUGCAAGAAAGGAUUAAGGAGGGAAACAUGCUGUGAAAAGUAUUAGGAUUCCGAGUGCGGUCCGUGACUUCCGGAGGUUUGGUUCCGUACGCGGCGAAGGCUUGAACUGCAGCGAUUGUUGAAGAUACGCUGUGAAGGAAAACAGCUCUGAACACUCACAGGUCGCCGUAGACACACCAAGGCCGACCCGUGGAUCAUUACUGCAGAUGUCGAGCGAAGAUUCGGACGGAGCGAUUGCGGCUGCAGAUUGUGACCUCUUUGGUAGUGCAGUGAAAGUUAGUUAAAGUACUAAAUCAGCACAAGAAGAUUCUGUGUUUUGCCCGAGGGCCAAUAAUAUAAAUUUCGCGUGAUUGUGUUUGUGCUCGACAAAGAAGCUCUAGUGAGAGUGUGCCCGCUUCCUCCCCCUCCGAUCGGGCGCGUGUGAGUGUGAUCUGAAAGCUGGAGGAGCAGCGCUGGGGUUCGCGAGCUCCAAAAUCAUUCAGAAACGUCGCUCAGUCAGCGGAUCAACGACGUCGCAGAAGACGACGGCAAAGACGGUGGUGCAGCAACAGCAGCAACAGUGGAGGAAACCGAAAAGUGCGGACAAGAUGAGCCAAGCGGUGUCCAGAAAUAGAUUCGAGAAAGCCUACAUAAUACCGGAAGAUGAGAUAUCCAAGAAGCUGCCGAAGGAGAUACUUCUGCGAAUAUUAUCCUAUCUUGACGUGACCUCACUAUGCCGGUGCGGACAGGUAUCCCGCUACUGGAAUAUCUUGGCACUGGAUGGGUCCAACUGGCAGAAAAUCAACCUGUUCGACUUUCAACGGGACAUAGAGGGUCCCGUGAUCGAGAACAUCUCGCUGCGGUGCGGCGGUUUCCUGAAGUAUCUCUGCCUGCGGGGCUGCCAGUCGGUGGGCAGCCAGUCGAUCCGUACCCUCGCUCAAUACUGCCACAACAUUGAACACCUGGAUCUGGCCGAGUGCAAGAAGAUCACCGACGUUGCCAUACAGCCCCUCAGCAAGUACUGCGCCAAGCUAACCGCCAUCAACCUCGAGUCCUGCUCGCAGAUCACCGACUGCAGCCUGAAGGCCCUGUCGGACGGGUGUCCGAACUUGGCCGAAAUCAACGUUUCCUGGUGUAAUCUGAUCACGGAGAACGGCGUCGAGGCAAUAGCGAGGGGUUGCCACAAAGUUAAAAAGUUUAGUAGUAAAGGAUGCAAACAGGUGAACGACCGAGCCGUGAUCGCGCUGGCGCUGUUCUGUCCCAACAUCGAAGUGUUGAACCUUCACAGUUGUGAUAGCAUAACGGACGCGUCCGUGUCGAAGAUUGCGGAAAAGUGCAUCAACCUGAAGCAGCUGUGCGUGUCCAAGUGCUGCGAACUGACCGACCAAACGCUGAUAGCGCUGGCCACCUACAACCACUAUCUGAACACGCUCGAAGUGGCCGGCUGCACCCAGUUUACGGACUCGGGGUUCAUCGCGCUGGCGAAGAACUGCAAGUUUUUGGAACGGAUGGAUCUGGAAGAGUGUAGCUUGAUUACCGAUGCUACGCUAUCGAAUUUAGCCGUAGGAUGUCCUAGCUUAGAAAAAUUGACGCUGUCACACUGCGAGCUGAUCACCGACGAGGGCAUCCGGCAGCUAGCCGCCGGCGGCUGUGCCGCCGAAAGCUUAUCCGUCCUGGAGCUGGACAACUGUCCGCUGAUCACCGACGCGACCCUCGAACAUCUGAUAUCCUGUCACAACCUGCAGCGGAUAGAGCUGUACGACUGCCAACUAAUCUCACGGAACGCCAUCCGUCGACUGAGGAAUCACCUCCCCAACAUUAAGGUACACGCGUACUUUGCCCCAGUGACACCGCCACCGACCACCAACGGACCACGACCCAGGUAUUGUCGAUGUUGUGAGAUUCUCUGAGAUCAGGCGAUCGGCUUAGCCAGAAAGGUUCUCUGUAGGAGUAGAGAUGACUGAUAUUUAUACUUAUAAUCUUAAUAAAUGAACGAGAAAACGCGAAA